AUGUCGCAAAAGUCAUGGAAGUCUAAGACCAAUUCUCAGAAGCAGCGACCAUACUGGGAACGAAAGCAGGAGUCAUUCGCCAAUGUCGACAUGGGACCAUUGAUCGAAUGCACCAUUUGCCAUGUCAAAUGCUUUCAAGGCCGCUUCUCCCGCUCCCAACUGGAUAAGUACAAGGCAGCGCUUGCGAGAGAACGUCGAGGUGGGCCACCAGCGGAACUUCCGCGUUGCGCAAGCUGCACACCGAAGCCUGUAGCGGAGCUCCACUGCACUGGUUGUCGCCUGACCAAAGACUUGAGCUUCUUCUCCAAGCAGCAACGAAAGAAACCGGACGAUGCCAAAUGCAUGAACUGCCAACAAGAGAUCGAAGACCGUCUUCCCCAUCUUGAUGAUGCCCUUGAAGAAGAACGCAUACGAGAAGAACACCGUCGACAGACAGCUCCAAGCUCGACACUGAGCACCGUCUCUGGAUCUGCCAGUGGUUCUGGUGUCCAGUCUCGAGCACAAUCCAGUAACGGUGACGGAAUCUACUUGGGUGAAGACCGUGAAUCUGCCUGGGGCGGUAUGGAUGUCCGCUCGCAAUCUCCCGCCAACACCGAGGUCUCUGAUUCCCGUAGCACCUCUAGCUAUUCCGGACGUGGAUCCAGGAAUAACUUUGCGAAGCAAGGCGCCUACAACCCACCGAUUCAAGCGCGUGUGCAAAAUCAGCUCGAGCGCGAGGAAAGACAGAGACAAGAAGCGCAAAUGGCCAGCAAGCAGGACAGCUCCGAUGACGACGAUGACUGGGAACUGUAA